GCAGGCGGAGCCCGGGAGGGAAGUGAGCUCAGGCGCACCGGAAAUCCCGCCCGUGCCGCGGCCCUGUGUUUGCGCUGCGGGCAGAGAAAGGAGCGGAGCGCCUGCAGCGGCCCAGCCGAGCCUGCCGCACGACACGGGGCCGAGCCAUGUCUGACCAGGAAGCAAAACCUUCAGCUGAGGACUUAGGAGAUAAGAAAGAAGGGGAGUACAUUAAACUCAAAGUCAUUGGGCAGGACAGCAGUGAAAUUCACUUCAAGGUGAAAAUGACAACACACCUCAAGAAACUCAAAGAAUCAUACUGUCAAAGACAGGGUGUUCCAAUGAAUUCACUCAGGUUUCUCUUCGAGGGUCAGAGAAUUACUGAUAAUCAUACCCCCAAGGAGCUGGGGAUGGAGGAAGAAGAUGUGAUUGAAGUUUAUCAGGAACAGACGGGGGGUCACUCAACAGUUUAGAUCCUUCUGAUUUUCUUCCCCCUUAAUCCUUUUUUAUUUUUAAAUAAUAGUUCUUUUGUAAUGUGGUGUUCAACACUGAAACUGGCACCCCAUCUCUGGGAGUUUACUUUCAAGCGUCUGGUAUUUUGAAUUCUCGUGCUCAUUAUACACUAUUGUUUCUGUUUUCAUUGUGCUGAACUUCUGUGAUCCAGCUGCAACCUUGCUCCCCUCUUCCCUUCUGCCCUCCCCUUUAGGAAUACAUGUACUCACAUGCAUUUGUAUGUUCACUGGGUUCGUGCAUUUCAGGCACGAAGGCUGUAAGAUCUGCCAGGUGGGCGAGUGUUCUUAAUGACUUCCAUAUCUGCCCUGAAGUUUUGAUGUGUGACUGUCUCACUCCUGGACUAUAACUUUCAGUGCGAGAUGAAGUUUUUCUGAGAACUAAACUGUGGAGAAGUUGUGUAUCCAUAACUCAGAGCUAUUUUGCUUAAAUUAUGCUGAUGGCCCAAUGAGGAAGAUCGACAAGUUGGAAAUGGAAAAGCUAGAACUGUUGUCAUCUGUUCCUUGCUCCAGAGAUGGCUUUGCUGAAGACGUGAAAUUGAAAAUCCUAAUGAUUUUUAAAUAUUACCAGAAGAGCCCAGAAGCAUUUUAACCUCAUAUAGCAAUUAGUACAUGCAGGUAUCCGUGCAAGAAUGUUCACAGCAGCCAACUGGUGUUACUUUGACACGCUUGUUUGUACCUUUUGGCCUGGGACGUGGGUUUUGAAUGGACAUUGUCUGUACCAGCUUCAUUUAAAAUAAACAAGAAAACCAAUUUUAUAAACAA